GGAGUUUGGUGGCCGGGGCUUACAGUGGCGGGAGUUGGAGGCAAUAACUAGUCGUGUUCUGAGGGGCGCAAGAUACGAUUUUUGUUGAAGCUGGGGGGCAUUUCACGGCUUUUCUGUCAGUUGAACCUUUUCCUCUGGCCCAGAUGCUCUUCAAUUCGGUGCUCCGCCAGCCCCAGUUCGGCGUCCCGAGAAAUGGAUGGUCUUCCCAGUACCCUCUACAGUCCCUUCUAACUGGUUAUCAGUGCAACUGUAAUGAUGAGCACACUUCUUAUGGAGAAACAGGAGUCCCAGUUCCUCCUUUUGGAUGUACCUUCUCUUCUGCUCCCAAUAUGGAGCAUAUACUAGCAGUUGCCAAUGAAGAAGGCUUCGUUAGAUUGUACAACACAGAAUCGCAAGCCUCUAGAAAGAAGUGUGUCAAAGAAUGGAUGGCUCACUGGAAUGCGGUCUUUGACCUGGCCUGGGUUCCUGGUGAACUUAAACUUGUUACAGCAGCAGGUGACCAAACAGCCAAAUUUUGGGAUGUAAAAGCCGGUGAGCUGAUUGGAACGUGCAAGGGUCAUCAGUGCAGCCUCAAGUCAGUUGCCUUUUCUAAGUUUGAGAAAGCUGUCUUCUGUACAGGUGGAAGAGAUGGAAACAUUAUGGUCUGGGAUACCAGGUGCAACAAAAAAGAUGGAUUUUAUAGACAAGUGAAUCAAAUCAGUGGAGCUCACAAUACUUUAGACAAGCAAACUCCUUCAAAACCUAAGAAGAAACAGAAUUCAAAAGGACUUGCUCCUUCUGUGGAUUUCCAACAGAGUGUUACUGUGGUCCUCUUUCAAGAUGAGAAUACAUUAGUCUCAGCGGGAGCCGUAGAUGGGGUAAUCAAAAUAUGGGAUUUACGUAAGAAUUAUACUGCUUAUCGACAGGAACCCAUAGCAUCCAAGUCUUUCUUGUACCCAGGUAGCAGCACUCGAAAACUAGGAUACUCAAGUCUGAUUUUGGAUUCCACGGGCUCUACUUUAUUCGCUAACUGCACAGAUGACAAUAUCUACAUGUUCAAUAUGACCGGAUUAAAGACUUCUCCAGUGGCUAUCUUCAAUGGACAUCAGAACUCCACCUUUUAUGUUAAAUCAAGUCUUAGUCCAGAUGACCAGUUUUUAGUCAGUGGUUCAAGUGAUGAAGCUGCCUACAUCUGGAAGGUCUCCAUACCCUGGCAUCCUCCUACUGUGCUCCAGGGUCACUCUCAAGAGGUCACAUCUGUGUGCUGGUGUCCAUCAGACUUCACAAAGAUUGCUACCUGCUCUGAUGACAAUACACUGAAAAUCUGGCGCUUGAAUAGAGGCUUAGAGGAGAAGUCAGGAGGAGAUAAACUCUCCAUAGUGGGCUGGGCCUCUCAGAAGAAAAAAGAAGCCAGAGCUGACCUAGUGACAGUGACAAGUAGCCAGAAUACUCCUGCCAAAGCGCCCAGAGUAAGGAGCAGUCCAUCCAUUUCUUCCCCAUCAUCAGCAGCUUGUGCUCCAAGCUGUGCAGGAGACCUCCCUCUUCCUUCAAAUACUCCUACAUUCUCUAUUAAAACCCCUCCUGCCAAAGCCCGGUCUCCUAUCAGCAGAAGAGGCUCUGUCUCCUCCGUCUCUCCGAAGCCACCCUCAUCUUUCAAGAUGUCCAUUAGAAACUGGAUGACCCGAACACCAUCCUCAUCACCACCCAUCACGCCACCUGCUUCUGAGACCAAGAUCACAUCUCCAAGAAAAGCCCUCAUUCCUGUGAGUCUGAAAUCAUCCCAAGCGGUGGCUUGCUCAGAGUCUAGAAAUCGAGUAAAGAGGAGGCUAGACUCAAGUUGUCUGGAGAGUGUGAAACAGAAGUGUGUAAAGAGUUGCAACUGUGUGACUGAGCUUGAUGACCCAGUUGAAAAGCUUCACUUGGAUCUCUGUUGCCUUGCUGGUAACCAGGAAGACCUUGGUAAGGACUCUCUAGGUCCCGCCAAACCAAGCAAGAUUGAAGGAGCUAGUAUGAGUAUCUCAGAGCCUCCUUCUCCCGCCAGUCCUUAUGCUUCAGAAAGCUGCGGAACACUACCCCUUCCUUUGGGAUCUUGUGGAGAAGGGUCUGAGGUGGUGGGCAAAGAGAAUAGCUCCCCAGAGAAUAAAAACUGGUUAUUGGCCAUGGCAGCCAAACGGAAGGCUGAAAAUUCGUCUCCGCGAAGUCCAUCCUCCCAGACCCCCAAUUCCAGGAGACAGAGUGGAAAGACUUCUCCAGGCCCGGUCACUAUUACUCCCAGCUCCAUGAGGAAAAUCUGUACAUACUUCCAUAGAAAAUCCCAAGACGACUACUGCAGUCCCGAACAGUCAACAGAAUUAUAGAUUCUAAUCUGAGUGAGUUAACUGAACUUUGGCCCAUUAAAACAAGACAAAAAAUACAACAGAAUGAUUCUAUAACUCUAAUCUUUAAGAAAGCUACCUUUCUUUUUUGUUUUUUUGUGUUUGUUUUUGUUUUUUUUUGUUUUUUUUGUUUUGUUUUAGUUUUCAGAGAAAAUCCUUUCAACUCUGAAGUUUACCUGCUCUGGUUCUACUACCAUAGCUUAUAUGCAGCUUCCUUGGGAUGAAUGCUGUGUUUAAUUCCAUAAAGUAAGUUUAUCACUCUGUAACUUUUUGAAUGAGUAGUCUUCACCUUUUAAAUUAUGCCUCUUCUCUACAAUAAUGACAUCCCAGUUCAUAGAGGCAGAAAGUAAGACUUGUCUCUUGUUACUUUGAGACUGUGGGUGCACAGUGGAAAGUAUCUGCGGGUCACAGCAGGAGGCCUGUCUGUGAAGGCCGGUUGCUGAAGAAGUCUUCUGCUGGGGACCUCUGGUUCUGUGCUGCCUCAAAUAUAGUUUCAUUUAAAAUUUAUAUAAUCUUUUCACUACACUUUUGGGAGUUUUUUGUUUUGUUUUUUUAGUAUAUGUAAAAAUGUGAUAUUCAGAUAAGUGCAUUUAUCUUGAUUCAGUGUUCAGUGUUAAAAUAUAGUCUCUUAAGUUAAAAUCAUCUUUAUUUUAAGAGCAGUGAUAACUAUCAACUCUUUGGAGAAACUAGGAGAAUAACACUAGAAACUUUACUUGUCUUUUUUCCCCCAAAUAUAAUCUCUCACAUGAGACUUAAGGUCCUUCUAUUUUCACUAAGCAAUUUACUAUGGUACCAACUCAACAUCAUGUUCUAUAAGAGGUUACAAUUUUUGCCAUUUAUUAGACAAAGAUAUUUAUAAAAUCAGUAGUCAUACAUUAAAGUUGGGGUUUGAAUUCAACUUGAAUUCAGUUCUCUAGGGGCUGCAACUUUUUAAAAAUGUAAGUCAUUGAAUUUAAGAAAAAGUAAUAAUUUCUUACUGAUAUUUUAAUAAAAGAACAUAGCUCCGAACUGAAAAUCCAGAACCUAAAAAAUAAUUCUUGGCUUUAGCUUCAUUUUUUUGGAUUCUCUUCAUAUACAUAAAAAAUAAUAACCUUCUAGUAUAGCCCCGAGCUGAAAAGUCCUGGAAAUUUCUCUAAAUAUUUAAUAUAGAAGGUGUUUAGAUUGAUUCUAAGUUAAUAAUGUGCAAAAUAUUUUGAACAUCUUCCCUUUAGUCAGCAGUUACAUAUCAGUCAUCUUGAAAUGAACUGUUGUUUUCUACUUUUCCCCUUUAUAACCUCAGAGACACAAGCUCCGUGUACCCUCUAUGUACUAUGUCCUUGGAAGGGAAUCCCCUAACAAUCAUGAAACUUGAUUCAUUUUAUCCAUAUCCCUAAGAAAUAUGUAGAUUUUAUUCAUAUUUUUGUCAUAAUUUAAAAAUCUUUUCUUAAUGACAAAUUUUAAUUCCUUUGAUUCCUCUAAGUUAAGCUUGUACCAACCAGAACUACGUAUGUGAAUUAAACAUGGAUUCUCCUUGGUUUUAUGCAAGGAGUGAAAUAAAGAGAAGCCACAGAAUUGCUGUUUUUGAAACAAAGCACUCCACAGCAUUAACUGAAUAUUUAGAAACUCUGCUUAUAAUUGGUGUUUGAUUUUUUAAUGUUAGGCUGUGGAAAGGUGUUAUUUAUGACCAUAUCUGCUAAUAAUGCUACCUAUCUCUUGCUUUGAAAGCCAGAGGGGUAGGGUGGGGAAAAGCUAAAGUAGGUAUUAUAUUCUUUGUAUCCUUGAACAUCUCCUAACAGCUCUGCUGAGUAAAAUUGGGGUAAAUGUGGCUGACAGAAACUGUGCUGAGAGUCUACUGGCUGUAACAUGUCCCACUUGGAAAACUAGUAGUUCAAAUGGGUGCCAAAGGUCAAAUGUAAUGAGAUAAUAAUUAUUCCUGCCUCUGUCAGUGUCAGACUUUGAGCUGAUCCUGAAUAAUAAAGCCUUUUACCUUAUCUGA